UUUUGUAAAUAGAAAAAGAGAAAUUGAAUUUUGGUGAUAAACUUUUCUUCGUGUACAUUUUUUGUCUCAUUUAAUUAUCUUUACAAUACUCGGCGACUACUGGCCAUUGCUACAUAGUAUUGUUAUCAGAAUUCGUCGCCCCCGUUAUGUUUUAUCUUCAUAAUAAAUUAUCGUUGAAAUAAUAAUCAACGUUAUCAAUCCGAUAGAUUCUAGUUCCGUUUCCUUGACCGUUUGUAUCAAAGUCACAUUAUUUCUAACACAGAACGAAGCAAAAAAUGUCGCUUAUACGCUAUAUAAACCCUUUUAUGAUAUUUAGAGAUUUUAUCAGUCGACCGGUCGAAAGUUUUGUUUCCGAUCAAUAUAUCGGGUAUAAAAGAAAAACUAAUGAUAGUAUCACAAGCAUAAAAGAUCUGUUGUACAGAGCAGGAAUAGUUUUAGUGUUUUUUUCGGCUAUAUUGUGGAUUUCAGUAUUCAUGUACAUUAUUUUCUAUUACACAUACAUGCCAAAUGUAACCCAUGUGAGGCCUGUUCAUUUGCAAUUCAAAUCAUGCGAGGAUCAAAUGGGUCUAUGUUCGUUUCCUUACGCUUAUGUACAGCUGACAAAAGGCAGCUAUGUAUUAAUGUCAGGCCAGCCGUACAGGAUCAAAAUAGUGAUGGAUGUACCUGAAUCGCCAAAUAAUAAGAACUUAGGGAUGUUUAUGGUAUGUUUACAAAUGCGCGGGAAAGGCGGGACUUUAAUAUCGUCUUCUUGUCGAUCAGCUAUGCUUAGUUAUAGAUCAAGACUACACUACUACAUCCGAACAGCGGUGUAUUCGCCACUAUUCCUAUCAGGAUUAGAGGACGAGAGGCAAGAACUGCAAGUGGAACUGUUUAGUCAUUUCGAAGAUGAUCCUAACACACCAGUAACAGACGCGUACGUAGAGCUCCAAUCCCGCUAUGUACAAGUACACUCUUGUUCGCUACACAUUGAAGCGCACUUCUCGGGGCUCCGCUACGCUAUGUACUACUGGCCGAAGGCCUCCGCCCUCCUCGGUAUUUCCACAAAUCUGUUUUUUACGUCACUGGUGUUCAUUUUGAGCUGGUAUCACUUACAAGAUGGCUUGCCUGAGUUUAUUAAGAAAAACUUCAAGAAGGAAAUAAAAAGCGAACCGGACGAUGAGAAGAAGCCAAUUGGCAAGAUUAAGCUUGAAAGAGAAGAUUCAUUCCCCUUCAUAGAAGAAGAGGCGUUAAUAGAAGAAUUCAGAAGUUUAGAGAAAAAGAAAGCACAAGACUGAUUCAAUAUGUUUCUCUAGUUAAUUAUUAUAUUUGGGCUUAUUAUAUAAAAAAUUGUAUGUUCGCACAAGCUAAUCUAUGGAACGGGAUAGGUGGAAUUUGGUAAAAAUUGAUAAUCUAUAUAAUGAAGAAGAUUUUCGGUUUAUAUAGUUUUGGAGCUUAAAAGUGAGUGAAACCGCAGGACAUAGUUGUCUUUUUUAUAGAAAUUUAUAACACUGAGUGUCCCAUGAUAAAUAAUAAGAAGAAUUUUAUCAGAAAAUGCUGUCUCUAUUCAUUCAAUAUAAAUGAAAGAGAUAGCUGUAUUCCAUUUAAAUAUGGCGUAAGUAUAAUUUUUACUAUCGAUACAAAUGAAGCAUUUUUAUUUAUUUACACAAUUGAUAUUAUUUUAAUACUAUG